CUAUGGCUAUAUUAGAGAAGCGACUCAAGUCCCAUCUUCAUUUCCAGGAAUUACAAAGUGAAAAAUCAGAGGAAAAAAAACUCUACUACGGCAAUGGUGGUGCUUGCUGCGCUGAUCACUAUAACCACAGCGUUGUCCAGUUCCGGGUCUACGGCGGACAGUUCGGUGUUUGGCUUCCCAGGGGUCUCAAGCCGAAUUGUUGGUGGCACAGAUUCUGUAAAUCGUGAGUGGCCAUGGCAGGUCAAUGUCUACUUUAGGGGUCAACAGAACUGUGGGGGUUCCCUGAUCUCCUCCCGCUGGAUGCUGACUGCAGCCCACUGCUUUAGUGUGUCCGAACGGCCGGAGGAUUAUAAAGUUUAUCUGGGCAUGAACCAGCUGGACGCAGAUACCGAUUUUACAAUUGCUUCUGAUAUAGCAGCAAUCAUUGUACACACCAAAUACAAAAGUACUGGAUCAGUUGGGGACAUCGCUCUACUAAAGCUGGCCAAUCUGAUCACUUUCACCCAAUACAUUAUGCCAAUCUGUUUGCCAUCUUCUUUCAUCACCUUCCCAUGUGGCAUGGAAUGCUGGGUGACUGGUUGGGGAAAAACAUCCUAUAAUGGGUUAAUGCCUGCCAAUGGGAUUCUUCAAAAGGUCAUGGUUCCACUAAUUGACUACAAGACAUGUGACCAGAUGUAUCAUAUAGGGAGUCCAGAAAAUGCCAAUACCAUCAUUAUUCAAGAUGAGAAGAUAUGUGCUGGCUAUAGAAAUGGACAGAAGGACUCCUGUGAGGGUGACUCUGGAGGACCACUGGUGUGCAAAGUCCAAGGUGUCUGGUACCAAGUUGGACUGGUGAGCUGGGGAGAGGGUUGUGCCAAGCAAAACCGCCCUGGAGUCUACACUCUAGUGACGGCGUAUCAAGCCUGGAUCAGCAGUUAUGUGCAGGUAAACUUUGCCAACGUGACAGAUAUUCCCUCGCCAACAAAUCCAUGUGGUGGAGACUACAUCAUCAGUGGCCCAGUCUGUCCAUUUAGCAAAAUAACAGGUAAAUCUCCAUCAACAAAUGCAUGUGGAGGAGACUCCAUUAUCAUUACAGGUGAAACUGGCAAUGAAGGGACGACCACUGGACAUUUUCACCACCAUUGUACAAGUUUGGCUCUUUCUAUUCUGAUUCUAAGCUUAAAAAGCCGAUAUUCAGGGGAAAAAAAGCUUUAUCCUUCACUUAUCACCAAGACAGAGAGACCUCAACUGAUCUUCCUUCAAUCUAAAGAAAUGGCAGCGAUCACUGCGCUGGUCAUUAUGGCCGCAGCACUUUUUGACGCAUCUGCAGCAGAUAAUAAUUGGGUGUGCGGCUCCCCGGCGAUCUCCAGCAGAAUUGUUGGUGGCACAGAUGCCGUGGACGGUCAGUGGCCCUGGCAGGUCAGUAUUUACGCUCAAGGCCAACACAGCUGUGGAGGAUCCAUUAUCUCUAACCAGUGGGUACUGAGUGCAGCCCAUUGCUUCGAUGAUCCAAUACAGCUACAGGAUUUUAGAGUGUAUCUGGGCCUGAACCAGCUGGAUGCCAACUCCAAUCAUACAGUGGCUUCCGAAGUCGCAUUGAUCAUCAAAAACAGCAAGUAUAACGGUACAGGAUCUCUUGGGGACAUCGCUCUGCUAAAGUUGGCCAAUCCCAUCAAUUUCACCCAAUACAUCACUCCGAUCUGUCUGCCGGCUUCCCCCGCCACCUUCCCGUGUGGGUUGGACUGCUGGGUGACCGGCUGGGGCACCACCACCUUCAAUGGGACGGGGCCUGUGAAUGGGAUCCUCCAGGAGGUCAUGGUCCCCCUAAUUGACUAUCAGACAUGUGACCGUAUGUAUCAUGUAGAAAACUCCAUCAAUGCCAGUACUGUCAUCAUCCAAGAGGAGAAGAUAUGUGCUGGGUAUGGAAAUGGAGAGAAGGACUCAUGUCAGGGUGACUCAGGAGGACCUCUGGUAUGUAAAGUCCAGGGUAUCUGGUACCAGGUUGGAGUUGUAAGUUGGGGUGAUGGUUGUGCUUCCCCGAACCGCCCUGGGGUUUACUCUCUUGUCACAUCCUAUCAAGACUGGAUCAGCAGUUACCUCCAAGUACCGUUCCUCAAUGUGACGGGAAUUCCUUCACCAACAAACACAUGUGGAGGAGACAUGAUCAACACAAACAAUUCAGGAACCUCCACCGUUCCACCCAAUGGAAGAACCUCGGUCACCCCACUCAACAGCACGGCAAGUGUCACUUUAUCAACAAAAACAACUGGAGGACCCAUCGUCAUAGUGGAUCCGGGCAAUGGAGUGGCCCUCAGCCUUUCCCGUCAUCACUGGAUGAUCCUGGCCCUCACCGCUCUUCUUCUCACUUAUCUGUAACCAAAAACUUUCAUCAGAAUCAAAAGAAAUGACCAUUUUUGAAGCUUUUGGUUGUUAAGCCAUUACACUAUAAACAUCCCAUCCCCCUCUCUGUAACAUAACAUUAUAUGCCCCCCCUGUGUUUGUGUUAUAUAUAAAAAAUGCAGAUUACUAGA